GGCAACACUGUUCGUAACUUUCUCAGGACUGGCUGUCGGUGUCGUCAUCAUCAUCGCGUACGGAUUCGCUGUGGAGUGCUAAAAUUAUGUUAAAUUUUAUGUGAAAAUUAAAAUUGGUGAUGUUGACCUUAGGCUUGAUGUUAUUUCGCAAAAAAACUGUUAAAGAACUCACAUUUACAGUAGUUAUUCGUCAAAAAUCCAGAAAGCUUCAAACGUGUUUGAAGCUUUCGAUUUCGCAUUAAUGGAACUAUGAACCUGGACCCUCUAACGUUUAGCUUAACACAAAUUAAUUAUCUAGUUGCCAGUCUAAACAAGAAGAAUUUCAAGCAGAUCAGUCUAGAGUUGACUCAGAUUAUCAGUCUCUAUGGCUUGGAAGCAGAAAAUCAAGUGCUGAGGUGCCUUCUUACUGAGGCAGCUAAGACAUCGUGGGAGAGCGAUCGACCGGGGCCCGCCUUCAGUGUACACGCGACUCUCCUGGCGCAGUACCUCUCCUGCCUCCUAAACCAUCCAGCUAAGUCCACCGUCGUUUGUCGUACUGUUGAUACUCCGGCAAAGUCAGUACAGAAGGCCUUAAAACCCACCAACACAUUACUCAGUCGACUCGCGAGAUUGCUGAAAUUUACGACCGCCCAAGAUGUCGCCUUCUCAUUGGUUCUAAGAAAAAGCUCUCCAAAGCCAGAAAUAGUGUCUAUCGCUAAACAACAUCUCAAGAAACGAUUUUUGGACUUUGUACAGUGUUAUCUUGAUGCAGAACGUGGACAUCAAGUUGAGCGUGCAGGCCUGCAGGAGUGCAGCCCUGAAGUGUUACAAACUCUGCUAACCAGUCUCGCGUACGAGAACUUUCGGCUUGCAGCCGUCACAAAGGAUUUGUUUCUGAAACGAUUACGCAUAGACUUUCCGCGCGAAGUAGUGCCCAUUGUGCUCGCUCCGCUUCUGUAUCCCGACGACACACAAACACCACUCGAGGAAAUGACUACCUCUGACGACAUGGCGGCGGCCAUGUUGGACAACUCUCUGGCUGAAAUCAUCCGGGAGAUCGGAUACUCCUUUACGACUUCCGUAGAGGAUUGCAAAAAUAAUAUGAUCAACUUUGGAGCCCGGGAACCGACGGCAAUUGAUAUAGCCAGGAUAAUCUCGAUGAUGGUUAGGUUUCAUGCCACUCUGCAAGAUGGGCCCCUGAUACAGACUCCUGGAAACUUUUGGAUGAAUCACGAAGCUAAGAAAGAUGCCAUCGGACAUGGACAUACAGAGACGUGGAACGCAGAGGUCUUCGUUCAGACAUUAAAGGAAUUAGCAUCCAAUUUGAACUGGAAGGAAGUCAUUCUUCAGCUCGAUCAUCCAGAAUUUGUGGUACCAGACAGGCAAGGAUUGAGCCUGCUCUUCACUAUACUGCGAUUGGGCCUCCAGAGCGCGGGCUAUCCGAGUAAUAUAUUCCCUGUGGAAUAUCUGUGUCGAAGAUGGACAAACUUAGAAGGGCAAAUGAGUUUAAUUACAAAUAUCCUCAAGCAUCCAGACAUAUUCAGUUUCGCAGAUCAUCCCUUUCAUCCGGUCUCGAUCGAUCUAUUAAAAUCUCCUCCUGAAACAGAUAACAAGGAAGUAUCAACUUGGCGCUGCCUCUAUUUGGUGGAACUUCUACUGUACGCGUCGGAUCGAGGUUAUUACAUGCAAGUCCACGAGCUCUUUAAAUUUCCUUUGCAGAACUGCCCCGACAUCUUAUUGUUGGCGUUGCUGCAAAUCAGUCCACCUAUCACAGUAUUUAGGCAGGAGCUGCUAACAACACUAAUUCCAAUAUUUCUUGGCAACCAUCCUAAUUCGGGUAUAAUAUUACAGCACGCUUGGCAUGCGCAAAACCCCAAUAUUAAGCCUAUAAUAAUGCAUGCGAUGGCAGAUUGGUAUAUUCGCGGGGACUGCGAUCAAUCAAAACUUUCGAGAAUAUUGGAUGUAGCGCAGGACUUGAAGGCAUUGUCCUUGUUGUUAAACGUGCAGUCAUUCCCAUUCGUGAUAGAUUUGGCAUGCCUAGCGUCGAGGAGAGAGUAUCUCAAACUCGACAAGUGGCUCACAGAUAAGAUCCGAGACCACGGUGAAACCUUUGUGUCGGCAAUGGUGAAGUUCUUGCAGCGGCGUUGUCCGCCGAUACUAGGCAAAGUGCCAGACGAGCAGCUACCCAAAGCGGCGCAGUUACCGCCGGAGACCGUCGGAACGAUGUUAGCAUGCUUACAGCUCUGCAUCCCAAAUGUCCAGCAAGAGCUCCAAGAGGCCAUAUACAAUGUGAUCACAAGUUGCCAAACCUUGAUAUUGACCAAGACUAGGCCAGGUAUAACGGGAAUCGCGCGUCCACAUACCAGAGUGCUGGAGACUCCCUUUAACCCCGCUUUAGGAGGGCAACUGUUUACACCGCACGUGGAUGCAAUCGCGAGCUUAGCCCCAAACGUCGCCAGUUUGACUUUAGGCGCACCGGCAAACGCAGCAUUCGCAAUGCCCGGCACGCUAGGCCCGCUCGUCGCUGCCCCCGGAUCCCCCUCGCGGCUGAUCGGGCCAGGGCCGCACAGCCCCUUCGCCAUCAUGCCGAUGCCGCAACACGCCACCGUCGCAAAUAUGACGGCGCUGGCCAGAAUGCCUCCCAUGCCUGCGAUGGACAAACCGCGCUUACCGGAGCCCAUACAUUUCCCAGAGAUGAUGCACAACGUAUCGAAAGAAAUAGAAGACGAAGCGAAUGGCUAUUUCCAGAGAAUUUACAAUCAUCCUCCGCACCCCACUCUUUCGAUAGACGAAGUCUUAGAAAUGCUAAAGAAGUUCCAGGAUUCUCCGAAAAAUAGGGAACGCGAAGUGUUCUCUUGCAUGUUGCGAAACCUUUUCGAGGAGUACAGGUUUUUCCCACAGUACCCAGACAAAGAACUUCACAUCACUGCUCAGUUGUUCGGUGGUAUAAUAGAGAAAGGUCUAGUUCCCAGCUACGUGUCGUUAGGGCUGGCUUUGAGAUUCGUUUUAGACGCUCUACGCAAGCCAGAGGGAUCCAAAAUGUACUACUUCGGGAUAGCUGCUCUGGAUAGAUUCAAGUCCCGUUUGAAAGACUACCACAAGUACUGCGAGCACGUGAGGGCCAUACCCCACUUUAACGAGUUCCCUCCGCAUCUCAUUGAAUACAUCGAGUAUGGUCUCCAGAGUCAAGAGCCGCCCACGAAGCCUCAAGGAGCAGUUCUACCCGCAAGUCUUGCCGCCAUGUUGAACCAGGCCUCCGUGGUAACAGUCUCAGCACCCUACAGGGCAGUGGUUUGCGCCCCGAACCCCAUCUCAGUCAUCUCCAAGGUGGCCAACUGCGCCGGAGGCAUAGGCAGCCGACCUUCUAUCGCAAACGCCACGAACAUUGACACACUGCUCACAGCCACGGACAGAGAUGAGAAAAUUACCGCACCACCGGAAGCCAUUCAAGACAAAACGGCGUUUAUUUUUAAUAAUCUCAGUCAAUUGAAUCUACAACCCAAGUGCGAAGAGUUGAAGGAAAUUAUCACGGAAGAAUACCACCAGUGGCUGUCACAGUACCUGGUCAUGAAGAGGGCCUCGAUAGAACUCAACUUCCAUGCACUAUACUCCAACUUUCUCGACGUUCUUAAAAUACGUGAAAUUAACAAAAUGGUAACCAAAGAGACGUAUCGCAAUAUCAGAGUUCUCCUGCGAUCUGACAAAGGCAUAGCUAACUUUUCUGACCGAUCUUUGCUGAAAAACCUCGGUCAUUGGUUAGGCAUGCUCACAUUAGCUCGCAGUCAACCAAUUCUUUACAUCGACCUCGACCUCAAAGCACUUCUACUCGAAGCUUAUCACAAAGGCCAACAGGAGCUGCUCUACGUGGUGCCGUUUAUUGCUAAGGUCUUGGAGUCAUGCGCCAAGAGCGUCGUGUUCAAGCCGCCCAACCCAUGGACCAUGGCUCUGAUGAAUGUUUUAGCGGAGCUGCACCAGGAACCCGAUCUGAAACUCAACCUAAAGUUUGAGAUAGAAGUGCUUUGUAAAAACUUGAGCUUAGAUAUUUCCGAUUUAAAACCGUCUCUAUAUUUAAAAGAUCCGGAAAAGUUAAGAACGAUCGAGUUUCAACUUUCGCAACCGAAACCGAACAAGGAAGCGGUGAACGUAAUGCCGGUUCAUCAGGCCAUAAUAGCGAGCCAGCAGUUGCAAAUGAUGCCGCCUCCGCCGCCCAUGCUGCCCGUGGAGGAGCUGUCGGCCGCAGCGCCCACGCCCACGGCCGGGCUCGUGGCCGGCGACCCGAGUCUCGUGGGCGUGCUGGGCCUGCCCGAGCCGCGGUUCAACUACCUCGACGUCAACGUGUCGUCCACGUCCGCGUUCGGCCACAAGAUCGUCUUCAACCCGCACAUCAUCCUGUUCCAAAACUACCCGCAUCUGAAGCAGUUCGUGAAGCCGGCCAUCGAGAGAUCCAUCCAGGAGUGGAUCCACCCCGUCGUGGACAGGUCGAUCAAGUACGCCUUGACCACGUGCGAGCAGAUCAUACGCAAGGAUUUCGCGUUCGAUCCCGACGAGACUCGCAUGCGGACGUGCGCGCACCACAUGAUGCGCAACCUGACGGCAGGCAUGGCCAUGAUCACUUGUCGCGAGCAGAUCCUGAGCACCAUCAGCACCAACUUGAAGGCUGCCUUCAUAACUGCCAUGAUACCCACCACUCCCCAACAGUUAAACACGUUGCAGAAGGACAUCAUAGAGAGUGCAGCAGCUGUUCUCGCCACAGAGAACAUGGAACUGGCUUGCGCUUUCAUACAGAAGACUGCUGUCGAGAAGGCACUGCCCGAGCUGGAUAAGCGGCUUAUGAACGACUACGAAAUGAGGAAAAUAGCUAGACAGGAAGGCCGAAGAUACUACGACGCGAUAGUUCUCACGUACCAGACUGAGAGGAUACCGGAGCGCGUCAGGCUGCGGGUGGGCGGCCCGACCGAUAUGCAGAUAGUGGUGUACGAGGAGUUCGCAUGCAACAUCCCGGGAUUCAUGCCAGUGCGGGAUGCGGGCAUGUUCAUACCCAAACCCACCCAGGAGCAAAUGCCCCAGAUGACAUUCGGUCCAGUUGUGAACCAGACACAGGUGUACGGUCAUGAUGAAAUGACUACGCUGAUGACAGCUGCAGAGCUGUUCUUGACGACCGCUGUGCCGAUCCCAGCGUUUGCGGUGCAAGCCACAAACAUGCAUACGCUGUUCGAAUGCCUCGUCAUGGCCAGACGUAACCGAGAUAUUGUCUCUGGCUACACGCUUCUGCAGAGGGCUGUGGAGGGCCUAUUGGAUGGUCACAUCGUCCAGGCGGGAGCCAGCGCUGAACAUGUCGAGCUGAUGACGCGGUACCGUGACAUACACCUUCGGGUCCUCAAGUUGCUAGAGGACAAUAGAGUCUAUGGCCACGCCUGGACCACCAAACAGAUCACAUACUGUGUCACGGAAUGCAGGGACGAGCUCAGGUUUAACUUGGAAGCCAUUGACUGUCUUGUGAGGAACCAUCUCAUCAACUUGCCACAGUACGACCUUGCGCUUGCUCAACUCAUGGAUAACGGAAACAACUAUGUGGCGGUUUCUUUCGCCAUGCAAUUGGUGCAACUGUACCUGGUCGACGACCGCAAUGACGCCUACGCCACGGAAUCUGACCUGUACCAUUGCACUGAGACGCUAGUCAGGCUGAUGGCGCAGUCCAGGGCUCCGCCGGAAGGCCUCGCCACGCUGAUCGAGACGAUCCGAAUCAAUCAAGACCCGAGCAGUUAUCUGGGCGAGAGGUCUCCUUUGGGCCCCACUUCUCACAUCCACAAUGGCAUUUUGCAAGUACGCUCCCGUGAAUACGACGACCCGCACGGUCUCCAAGAGAAGACGGAGAACCUCCUCCGCGAAUGGAGAAACAUUCUUCUGGGUCCCCUCACUGAGAUAGAUAUCGGGCAGAACUUCAACAUUUACGUGCACCGAAUGAACAUGAACGGUAUCCUCAAAUCCGAUGACAUGAUCACGCGAUUCUUCCGCAUCGCCACGCAAAUGUGUGUCGAGAACGUGUACCAACUCCUCAACGAGGACAGGAUGAAUCCUCCCCCGGUGCCGCCGAAGAGGGACAAGUAUUAUGCGAUGUGUGAUUCGUUUAUCAAGCUGGUCUCGCUCUUGAUCAAGAACACCGCGGAUAACGGCAACCCAACGCCGAAACUCAACUUGCUGAAUAAGAUACUUGGUAUAAUCGCUGGUUGCUUGCUCCAAGACCAGGAAGAGCACGGUGCCAAUUUCCAACAGCUUCCUUAUCAUCGCCUGCUGCUCAUACUGUUCCUCGACAUGAAUAUGGCUGAACCCGUCCUUGAGUCUAUGAACUAUCAGGUACUAACAGCGUUCUGCCAUACUCUACGCAUCGUGAGACCCAGCGUUGCACCCGGUUUCUGCUACGCGUGGCUUGAAAUAGUCGCGCACAGGGCCUUUAUAAACAGGGUGCUCGCCGUCACUCCGCAGCAGAAGUCUAUCAUGGAAGUAUUGGGAUGGGGAAUGUAUUCGACGCUGCUCAUCGAUCUUUUCAAGUUCCUCGACCCGUUUCUGCGAAACACGGAGUUAGCCACUCCGGUCAUGAUGCUGUACAAGGGAACCCUGAAAGUGUUACUGGUUCUGCUCCACGAUUUCCCGGAGUUCCUGUGCGAUUACCACUACGGGUUCUGCGAUGAGAUUCCGCCGAACUGCAUACAGAUGAGAAAUCUUAUCCUCUCGGCCUUCCCGAGGAACAUGAGACUGCCCGACCCGUUCACGCCGAAUCUAAAAGUGGAUCUGCUAGCCGAGAUCAGCUUGCCGCCGCGCGCAGUCAUCAACUACGCGACAAUAAUCCCCUCGUCGCAAUUCAAGAAGGAUCUGGACGCGUACAUCAAGGCCCGGGCGCCCGUCACCUUCCUGUCAGAGCUGCGGAGCAACAUGCAGGUAGUAAACGAGCCGGGACGCCGAUAUAAUAGCCAGUUGAUAAAUGCAGUGGUUCUGUACGUGGGCACGCAGGCUAUCGCUCACAUAAGGGCGAAAGGACAAACGCCGAAUAUGACCACGAUAGCCCACUCGGCGCAUAUGGAUAUAUUCCAAAACUUUACAGUUGACUUUGACCACGAAGGACGGUAUCUAUUCUUGAACGCGAUCGCGAAUCAGUUGCGCUACCCGAAUAGUCACACGCACUAUUUUAGCUGCUGUCUUCUGUAUUUGUUCGCGGAGGCAAAUUCCGAAGCCGUACAGGAGCAAAUAACGAGGAUGCUCCUGGAGAGGCUGAUCGUGAACCGGCCGCAUCCGUGGGGACUUCUCAUCACUUUUAUCGAACUCAUCAAGAACCCCAUUUAUAAAUUUUGGACGCACGAGUUCGUCCAUUGUGCACCAGAAAUCGAGAAGUUGUUUGCGUCUGUCGCACGAUCUUGCAUCGCGGAGAAAUCGGGAGGGGCCGAACGCGAACUGACCGAGUAGCGUCAAGCCCUAUGGGAGUCUGUCCGGCAGAAGCAAAUGGCUUUUGCCGAGACAGGCUUCCAGGAGGCGCAAAGCGUCGCGUCACCACAGCCAUCGACGUCGCAGCAGCAAACUAAGCCCGUGCUGCAAUGGAACAAGUUGUUCAAGAAGUAGGACAACAAUGCGACUGUAGCUAUUUACCUGUUACCUAGCGACCACUCGACUGUAAAGACGAUAGACAGUGGCGCAUCAUGGCGACAAGUGAUAAUAGUGCUGCUGUAGCACGAUGGCUUAUAUUUUAUACUAAAUGAGUUUGUUAUUUUAAAUGAUUCACUUAGACAAUCAUAUUACGAUCAGUUAUAUAUUGUUUGAGUUGCAGACAAUUUUUAAAACUGCAACCUUUUUAAAAUUUUAAAUUACUAUUUAAUUAUACUAUUUAAUAUAAUUUUAAUUGCAUGAUGAUGAUAACGUUCACCCAAAUCGAAAUCUGUAAAUAAUAGAUUAAGAAUGUUUUUUAAUAAUCCUUUUUAGUAGGUAUAAUAGAAAACCAUAUACGUUGCCAAGUUUGUGGGCGGCCGUGCUUUCCCCUCACGUUUAAAAUGGCUUUUAUAGAAAUGUGCUAAAAGGUCUUGUUAUAUGAAAAAAGUUGUCGGCCGUAUUCAUAAUCAUUACAAUGAAGUCUCACAGUGCGCUCGAACGCAUAGUGUAGGUUCCACCAAUCAGAUACAGUAAUCUGAUUGGUGGAACCCUACACUGCGUUCGAGCGCACUAUGAGACAUAGUAACGUUUGUGAAUACGGGUGUAUAUCUAUCACUGUGCGAUUACUUAGCGUAGAAUCGUAGACAAGCGUCAAAACGACUGAGUAACAUUACAGAUGCAUGGCGGCCCAAGCUUGCGUGCGUGCACGAAAUAAAAGGUCUUCUAUUAUACCUUGAAACAUAAUAUUUAAGGUUUAAAUUAAUGCGCCGCGCUCUUAUACCAUUUUAUUUCAUGACCAAUAAUUUUUUUUAGUCAAAUUUUUGUUACAAUUGAUUACAAGUCAAACUUUUAUUACAAUUGACGAUUAGUGCGUUGACACAAUCAAGACUUAGGCCCGGUAUCCGCUAGAGCAGAUAUCAGGGGAUGUUUAUGAUACAGGAGACCAAUCAGAUUAUUGUUAAUAUCCACAACCUAAAGAUAUUCUAACCAGGUUGCAACGCUGUCAAAUUUCCAAUGCGUUGCAGCUGGUUGCAUAUAUGUUAUGUUUUUAAGGGGAAAAGAUAUCGCAAAUUCACGAGUAAAAUUACACAUUUUACAUUUUAUCCGCUUAUAUAUAUUAGUUAAUUUUUUUUAGCGCAAAAGCAUCCACUCAGAGAUUUUAGUUUAGACCUAGAUUUUGUUUUUAUAUUUUACUUAAUAUUUUAAUUUAUUUAAAAAUAAUAUUGUGUAAUAUAGUUUUCUUUUUCUAUAAAGAUUAACACGGCGCGGCGCAUUUUUCUGUAUUGUUAGUUAAGUGUCAUUUUAUUAAUUAAUAUCGUAAACUCUAUUAGGAUUUUAGAAUAAAUAUAAUUUUAAUUUUUAGUAAAUAAAUAGGCAUUCAAUA